AAGAGCCAGAACCUCUGAAUCGAAUCGAUUGUUGUCGGCUAUAUAAGACGACGACGAUAUUCGCGAUCCGAGGGAUUGUUGCGUUACGUACCGGGCUGCUGCGCUGACGAGGCACGAUGGUCGGCGUUGUGGUGGUGGGUGUUGGCAUGGCUGGCAGGGUGCGAAUCCAUGACCUCGGCACCCCGGACCGGCCAGGAGAGAUACAAGAUCUUCACAUUGUUGGAUUUGUCUCACGGCAAGAGCUUGGGGAGAUCAAUGGAGUACGGCAGAUCUCGCUGGAGGAUGCCCUGUCCAGCCCAGAGGUUCAGGCAGUCAUCAUCUGCACGGAGAAUCAGAGGCAUGAGGAACUUGUGCGCAGGAGCCUGAGUGCCGGCAAGCACGUGUGUGUGGAGUAUCCCCUUGCACUGUCUGCCAGCACUGCCCAGGAGCUAUUUAUGCUCGCCGACACUGUGGGCAAGGUGCUGCAUGUAGAGCACAUUGAGUUGCUCACCUCCCAGUACAAGAUGCUCAAGCAACAGGUGGCAGGACGGGAGCCACAAGAGGGACAUCUGCACUUCACCGGCAAGCCAUUGUGUGAGAAGAAGGCUGGCUUCUUGGCAUUCAGUGGGGUGACACGGGUCACCUGGUUUGUUGACCUGUUUGGGGAGCUCUCUGUGGAAAAGGCCAUGUUAGAGGAACGUCCUGAGCAGCAGAACACGAAGCUCACUGCCCACCUACUCACUGCAAACAACAAGUGGCUGACGUGGGUGGAGGAGCGUGGCGAGGGGCUGAGGCGCUCCAAGCAGAUGCGGAUCAGCUUCACUGAUGGCAGCUGCAUGGAAUCGCUGCCGCAAGGGCCGGGCGGGCCUGAGUUCCUCUUCAUGCAGGACUUGGGCCUCUUUGCACGAAAGCUGCGUGCAGGAGCCCCCUUCCCAGACGGCGAGCACGCCGAGCGCCGUCGCAUCCUGCACUGUUUGCAGCUUGCCACUGACAUCCAGCGCCACUGCAUGCAGCCAGCGUAACAUGUCGCUCAUGGGCUUUAACGAAUAUAUCUAAUUCACACACAUUGUCCGUGGCUCUUUUGGUAAUUUCACAUGACUGAUGCUGUUGAAUAAUUGGAUGGUUAUAAUUUUUUUUUUUAAUAUUAACAUUUAUCAAAAUAUUAAUUGAUAUUCUAUGGGUUAAUAGUGGAGAUGGAUUAAAGGUGUUAAGGGGCUAGUGCCCUCAAUAUGAAAUGCAUUACUUUUUAAUACAUUUAUAAAUGAAUUCAUUUAAAUAUUAUGAUAAUUGCUUUUAAUUAUUAUUGAUCAAUUUAAACCGGUAAUUAUGUCAUUAUCCGCUGAAGCAUGACACGAUCAUGGAGGAUUAUUACCAGUCAAUUAUUGCACAUGUAAUAAAGGACGAUUAUGCAUAUGA